CUCGUUGCGUAAACAUUCUUUGUGUGGGGAGAGAGAAGCAAGAGGCGACAAGACCAAACGCGAGGACAGCUCAGACAAAAUUGUGAUAUAGAUAGUGUGUGAUUUUGUGUUUUUUUUUAUUUUUUAUUUUUUGCUUUUUCGAUUCAUUUCUCCGUUCUACGUUUUACGUUAUUUCGCGUCGAGUUUUCUGUUGUUCACAACGUGAGUUUUUUCCCCGCAAGCCUUUGCCCACAUAAGGAAUCAACGGUGACACGAUAUUUUAUAUGGUUCUGCCCCCAGUUUUUCGCCGGCGAUCUCUUGUUUACAUCCUGCAUUUUAAAACUGUGAUCGUUCCGUCUUCUUCGGCAGAGGGUAGACGCAUAUAAAAAAAUAAGAAAAAAAGUGAAGCACAAAGUUUGGAGGAGCACAAUGGAAUGCAAGAAGGAGUGAAGUGUAAAGAAGGCGGAUGGAGACAUGUGAUGUUGUACGUUGAGCAGACAUGUCCUCAACGCCCCAGUCUAUAGUGGACGGGGCCGAUACUCCAGCGGAUCAGCAGACGAGGAUGAGCCCGGAAGAGGAGACCUCUGCUUCACCUACAGCAGGGGCGAUUCCAGGAGGAACGAGAGAGCAAGAGGAGCCGAGGAUGUCGUCGCCACCGUCCGGGUCCAAGUUCCUUUCGGACCAGGGGGAGAAGACGACCGCUGAGGACUCCUGGGGAACGAGCGACGUCGAGAAAUUCGACGGCAAGAUCGUCUAUAACCCCGACGGCUCAGCCUACAUAAUCGAGGAUUCCGAGCUUAGCGAGGAGGACACGGAGCUGCCCCAACUGAUAGGAGACGGGUGCAUCGUCGAUGGGAGAGGAAUGGAUUCGCAGUACCAAGUGUUUCCUCAGAUCGCAAACGCAUUCUACGUAUCGAGAAACCCGUCCCUCCUCGCACAACUCUAUCCGAGCAAACUCGUCCAAGAGAAGAAACUCAUACCCGAGGUGCCGGUUAUGCACAGUUAUCGGGUGUUUACCGUAAGGGAGAAAACGUUAAGCGCUACUCAACAAAACAAUACAGGGAAAGACUGUUCCUCAGUGCCAGUAAAGCCGAUUUUGAUGUGCUUUAUCUGCAAGUUGUCUUUCGGCUAUUCCAAGUCUUUCGUCGCUCACGCCAUGGGCGAUCAUAACCUCGUUUUGCAAGAUGAAGAAAAAGACAUUCUCGGUCACAAAAACGCUUCGGCCAUAAUCCAGUGCGUCGGCAAGGAGAAGGAACCUCUAGUCUCGUUUCUGGAGCCGAUGAGUCCUGCGCGACCCGUCACCGACCUCAGAAGAAGGGAGUUCGUCGAAGAGAAGGCGGAAGACCUAGCGCCGUCGAGAGUAUCCCCAGAGCAGAAACAGGACAAUUCGCAGAACGGCAACCAAAGGAUAAGUUGUGGCAUGGAUUUGACUCGAAAAUCUCCGGCAAACGAGAUGUCGCCGGGAGCGAGUCCUUCGCCCAGUUCCAACAUGAGCCCUCUCAUGGGCAUGUAUCCGCAACAUCCACCCAACUUCCUAACCGGGACGACGAUUGGUGUCUGUCCCGAUCACAUGGGUGGACGCCCAUCCGGCGUAGAAUGUCCCAAAUGCGAAUUGAUACUCACCUCGUCGAGACUGGGUGUCGGCGGUCCCCUAGCCGGCAUGCACUCUCGAAACUCCUGUAAAACAUUGAAAUGUCCGAAAUGUAACUGGCAUUACAAAUAUCAAGAGACUUUAGAGAUACAUAUGAAAGAAAAACACCCGGAGACUGAAACUUCCUGUAUAUACUGUAUAGCCGGACAGCCUCAUCCUCGGCUCGCAAGAGGCGAAACCUACACUUGCGGAUAUAAGCCGUAUAGGUGCGAGGUGUGUAAUUAUUCCACAACGACGAAGGGAAAUCUCAGCAUCCACAUGCAAUCUGAUAAACAUUUAAACAACAUGCAAGAGCUGCAGAACGGAGGGGUACAGUCGGAAAUGCAGCAGCCCACUCCGCCGCCACAACACAAGCCUGGAGGGAUGCCCAGUCCCGCUCACCACUCGCCCAUUGCGCAAAACCAAAAACCUAAACCGACUUUUCGCUGCGACGUCUGUAACUACGAGACAAACGUCGCUAGAAACUUGCGAAUUCACAUGACAUCGGAAAAACAUACCCACAACAUGAUGGUUUUACAGCAGAACGUGAAACAGAUGCAGACGUUUUCCGCGUUGCAGCAAUCACACCAGCAGCAACUGAAUUUCGAAGCGCUUCUGCACUUUCAUCCGGGUCUGACCCUGCCAGGCGAGAAGCCGCCCCCGCACACCGAAGCGGCCUUGGCGGAUAUGGCUUACAACCAAGCCCUGCUCAUUCAAAUGAUGACAGGAGGGCAACUUCCGCCCCAUAUACCACCAGAACUGGCUCCUCACAUGGACAUGGGUCUGAACCCGGAGACUAUGGAACCACCUCCGGAACCCGCCGAUCCCAAUCCUGACCAUCUCUUCCACUGUUGUGUGUGCAAUAACUUUUCGACAGACUCGCUGGAAGCUCUGUCUCACCAUCUCGCCGCCGACCGAACGAAAAUCCGCGAACAGGAGAUCCUAGCCUUAGUCGCCGGCCACUACGUCUGCAAACUGUGCACGUACAAGACAAACCUAAAGGCCAAUUUCCAGCUUCACUGCAAAACUGACAAACACCUGCAGAGACUCCAGCACGUCAACCACGUCAAAGAAGGCGGACCGAGGAACGAAUGGAAGCUUAAGUACGUCUCGUCUCCGGGCGGCGUCCAAGUCCGCUGUCACGCUUGCGAUUACUACACCAACUCGGCCCACAAGCUCCAGCUCCACGCGGCCGGCCAGAGGCACGAGGCGUCCCAGCUCCUCUUCAGACAUCUCAGAGAAUCCGACAACGACAGUGUUCCUAAAGUGUUUCAUUGUGUUUUGUGCGGUUUUUCAUCCCGUGCGCGCCUACCACUUCUACAGCACGUCAGGUCCAUGAAACAUCUACAAAUGGAACAGCUACACCAACUGCAGAGACGCUCCGAAGGAAAAGACCUACAGACCGACAUUUCUGAAGUUUUUCAGGUCAUUCCUCAACCGCAAGAAAACGAUCCUGAUGCGGGUAAAGAGAAAAACGACAAGGAGAACGAUAAAAGGGAAGAAGAGGAGCAUAAGGAGUUGAACUGUUCCAAUUGCAGCUUUUCCGCUCAGAACGAGCAGGUGUUGCAGCAGCACGUGCAGUCUCAGCACGCGCAGAAAGACUUCCUGUGUCCUCUCUGUCAGGAGGGUUUCAAAGACAAGACAGAUCUUGAGACGCACGUCAUGCAGAUCCAUUCUGUAAACUCAGAAGGCCUUCAGAGGCUCUUGAUGCUCGUGGAUCAGUCGCACUGGCUGAAUCAAACUAGAGCGCCGAGCACGUCAGACUCGAAAGAGAGAGAAGAGGAAAAAGAAGAAGCGGAAGAGCCAGAAGACGAAAAGUGUCAAACCUGCAACAGGAGUUUCAAGAACAUCGAUGAACUCUGUUCCCAUCAGAACGAGACCGGCCAUCUGGAAUUGAAACAGACUCCGAGCGGCCCAGGCUAUCUCUGUUGGAAGAAAGGGUGCAAUCAGUAUUUUCAAACGGCCCAUUCGUUGCAGAUGCACUUUAGAGAGAUACACGCGAGAGGGACUGGUCAGAACAUGGCCGUUUCGGAAAAACACGUUUACAAAUACAGGUGUAACCAAUGCAGCCUGGCUUUCAAAACUAUGGAAAAGCUUCAACUUCACUCUCAGUAUCAUUUAAUAAGGGAUGCCACUAAAUGCGUGCUUUGCGGAAGAAGUUUUCGAUCGAUCCUCGCUCUUCAUAAACACGUCGAGACCGCUCAUUCCGACCUCUCGGAAGACGAGAUGGCCGCUUACAAACAGAGCCUGAUGAACAAUCCUCUCCUCCUAGCUGGCAUCAGCGGGCAGAUACUCGACCCAUCGACUAACGAGCUUCUCAAAAGAGAAACAAUGAAAGGCGACGAAGAGAUGGAGACGGACGAGGCAAAAGAACAAGACGAAUCAGUGCCUCAACAGGAAGGUGAUAACAGCGACGAUUCCAUUGUGUACAAAGAGCAACAGUUCCUAGAAGAUUAUUUAAACAGUCAAGCCAUCGCCGAAGAUUCCUACAACGAUCCGGCGAGAAAGUACAAAUGCCACAGGUGUAAAGUUGCAUUCACGAGACAGUCUUAUCUUACUAGCCACAACAAAACAUUGCUCCACAGAAAAGGCGAAAAGUUGUCGUACCCCAUGGAAAAGUAUCUAGAUCCGAACAGGCCUUACAAAUGUGACGUUUGUAAAGAAUCGUUCACGCAGAAGAAUAUUCUUCUCGUACAUUACAACUCCGUGAGUCAUUUGCAUAAAUUAAAGCGGGCAAUGCAGGAACAACAACAAUUACAGCAAAACAAUAAUAACAACAACGCGGUAUCUCCACAAGUCGCAGCUGCUGCCGCUCUCGCGGCACAGCUCGGAGUGCCUCCUCCGCUAAAACCCACACAAGAAGAAGACGACAAGAAACCGUACAAGUGUAACAUUUGUAAAGUUGCUUAUACGCAGGGUUCGACGUUGGAUAUUCACAUGAGGUCCGUAUUGCAUCAGACGAGGGCUUCGAAAUUGCAGGACUUGGCGAUUUCUGGUCAGAUCGAUCUCAGUAAGCCCCUCAUCGAACAACCUGAACCGCAGAAAGCGCAGGAUCAACACAAGAAGCUCAUCCAGGAUAUUCUUGGCAGCUCUCCGAAACAGUUACUAUCGUCUCCACCGUCCUCCGGUAGCUCACAGCUAACCGGAUCAUCGCCGGGAUCUUCUGCACCGCCUCCGGCGGCUUCUACUCCGACCUCGGCACCUUCAGUUCCUACUAGUUUAACUAACACAUCGAACUCUGUGAUAGCCACAUCGCCCAAUUCCGGGAUGUUGUCCUGCGGAAGGUGUAACGCUCUGUUCGUCAACCAAGAACAAUUGAACACCCACCAGCAGCUUUACUGUCUUUUUAAUAAUCCCAUGUCUAUGUUCCCACCGUUGCCUACGCCCCCGUCCUCUUCGGCCAACCUCUCUUCGCCGCAGCCCAACAGCAGCAAAACUCCGCCUCCGAUUCCGUUGACUCCGAUGACACCGUCGAACGACGAGUCCUUCUCGAGGAUUCCGCUCCCUACAAAAAAAUCUUCUCAGAUGUACAAACACCUCCUAGAAAGCUUCGGCUUCGACUUAGUUAUGCAGUUUAAUGAGAAUCACCAAAGAAGGCAGAGGAAAGAGAGAGAAGAGACGGAAAAACUUCUAUCCGAGAUUACCUCGACCACUCAGCCGAUUGAAGAGCAAGAAAAAGAAAAGCCUCCAGAAGAACUACCGGACCAACAUCAACAGGAAGAGCAACAACAUCAGCAACCCGAACAACAACAGCAGCUGCAACAGCCUGAAAAAGACAAAGUCGAAGUUAAAGUCGAAGAAGAACUCUUAGAUCUUCCGGAAGUUGCCAAGUCUACGUGCCAACAUUGUAAUAAAGAGUUCUCCAGUGUCUGGGUGCUUAAAGCUCAUUGUGAGGAGGUUCACAAAGACUUAGUUCCUUUGGACUUCUUAGAAAAGUACGCUCAACAGAUAAAAUGCGAAUACGAGAAAAAAGGAGUUCCGUCUGGUGUCGUUUCUUCCACUACAGGCCAGGAGACAACACCCGAAAAAUCUAACGACGAGGACAACAAAGACGCCCUUCAAGCUAAGCUCGCGUUGCAGCAACAAACGCCCGAGAACGUGACAGCGCCGUCGACACCGACCGCUUCUUCGACUCCCGCUUCGUCUACGGAUUCUCUUCCUGCGACUCUGAGCCAUUCUUUGGCAGCGGCAGUCGCGGGUAUGAGUGGAAACGCGGCAAACAUGGCUUUAGCACAACAAAUGAACGAAAUGCAAGCUGCUCUCAACGUAAUGGCAGCUUCCCAGAUCCAGCAGCAACUACAACAGUUCAAUCCCAUGAUGAUGGGUAUGGCCGGACUUGGUAUGGGACUGCCUUUGGGAUUAAACAUGCCGGCAUUGGCCGCGAUGAAUCUUCAGCCUCCACUUGUACCCAUGAUGAUGCCUCCUCCUUCUUUCGAUUCCAUGGUCGGAAUGGGACAAAACCAACCCAAUCUGUUCAAUCCUCAGGGAAUGGACGCGGCGGCCAUGAUAGCUAAACAACAAGCUUUAAUGCAACAACAACAACAGCAAGUGGUAAGUAACGAUUCAAAAUUUUCCAACGCUCGAGUUCAAAUCAGCGAAUUUGAACAGAAUUUUUGUUUGUUGCAGGCCAACGCACAGCAACAGAAGCGAGCUAGAACCAGGAUCACAGAUGAUCAGCUGAAAAUAUUGCGUGCGCACUUUGACAUAAACAAUUCUCCUUCGGAAGAACAGAUUAACGACAUGGCGGCACAGAGCGGAUUACCACCAAAAGUAAUUAAACACUGGUUCAGAAACACUCUUUUCAAAGAGAGACAGAGAAAUAAAGAUUCGCCCUACAAUUUCAACAACCCACCAAGUACAACGUUAAAUUUAGAGGAGUAUGAAAAAACAGGAGAGGCUAAAGUCACCCAGUUGACUCCUGAAGAACAACAAGCGGCCAGGGAACCGCCCAAGACGCCACAGCUGAAGCCGUCACCUUCGCCGAUUCCUCCCUCGCCACAAUCGAUGCAGCAGAGUUUCAAUCCGACGGAUAUGAUCAAAACGGAGCCGAGGGAUCACGAGAACGAUACACACGAGGAGAAACCUCAAUUCAAUCACAAUCCUAUGCAGUCUCCUGUUAGUCCCAACGAACGUAUGAACAUAAUUACCUCUCGAAACAAUUCGCCGGAAAAUCUGACUCUCACGUCUAUAAUUUCAUCUCAAUUAGGCCCGAAUAUGUCUCAAACCACUAUGUCGUCGCCUCACCCAAACAUGUUACCGCCGCCCAAGCUGACCCCGCCAAAUUUUUCUACACCAAACCACCAGCAAAUGUCCAUGGUCAAUUCCCAGGACUGCUUUACACACGCGAUGAUGGGCAACAACGGCGGGAAUUCGGGCAGCUCCACGGGCAAGCGAGCCAAUCGCACCCGUUUCACCGAUUACCAAAUCAAAGUUCUCCAAGAGUUCUUCGAAAACAACGCGUACCCAAAAGACGACGAUUUGGAAUACCUUUCAAAGCUUCUGAGCCUGAGUCCUAGGGUAAUCGUCGUCUGGUUCCAGAACGCGAGACAAAAGGCAAGAAAAGUGUACGAAAACCAACCACCGGUCGAACUCUCGCCCGGCGUGGACGAAACUGGAGCCGGUAGAUUUCAAAGGACCCCAGGUUUAAACUACCAGUGCAAAAAGUGCCUUUUGGUCUUUCAGAGAUAUUACGAAUUGAUUCGCCACCAGAAGACGCACUGCUUCAAGGAAGAAGACGCAAAAAGGUCGGCACAAGCGCAAGCUGCCGCGGCUCAGAUAGCGGCGGUCCUCUCUUCUGAAGAUUCUAACUCGAGCACUAUCAACGAGCCGAAUACUCAGCAAAGUUUGCCAGGUUUGUCUGGAAGCAAUCCAUCUACACCGAACGCUCCAGUGACACCGACUCCAUCCCAAAACCUAUUUCCUCCAUCGCCCGUACCCAACUCUCAAUCUUCGUCGGACGGAAAAGACAAUUUCCAGUGUGAUCAUUGUAAUUUAGUGUUCCCCAGGUUUGAUCUAUGGCGUGAACAUCAACUAGUCCACAUUAUGAAUCCUAAUUUAUUCCCCACUUACCCUCCUGACAGUCCAUUUGGAAUCCUUCAACAACACGCCCAAUUACAGCAGCAACAACAACAGCAACAGCAACAGCAGCAGCAGCAACAGCAACAGUCGCAACAAUUACAGACAAACCAACAACAGUCUAAACUUAAUCAAGAACUGAUAAAUCCGAAUACUCCUCACCCUUUGAUUUCCAUGCUGGCUGGACACAAGCGUAAAUUUGACGAAUUUGAAGAGAGCAAUGAAAAAGAAGGCGAACAACCCAAAGACAAAAGACUCCGCACUACUAUUUUACCCGAACAGCUGGAUUAUCUAUAUCAAAAAUAUCAGAUUGAAAGCAACCCCUCUAGGAAAAUGUUGGAAAGCAUCGCUCACGAAGUCGGAUUAAAGAAAAGGGUUGUUCAAGUCUGGUUCCAGAACACGCGAGCGAGAGAAAGGAAAGGCCAGUUCCGAGCGCAUUCUCAAGUAAUAAACAAGAGAUGCCCUUUCUGCCCGGCAUUGUUCAAAGUGAAAUCCGCUCUUGAAAGCCAUUUGACGACAAAACAUGCAGAUCAAUGCAGCAGGGGUGAAAUCAACAUCGACGCCAUUCCCGAUGAAGAAGCCUCGUCAGGUGAGGGUUCGACAUUUCAAGACAAGUUCAACAACAUGAUGCCACCUGUUUUUGCUCAGUUCUCAAACGACGUAGACGGCCAGUUGAAAAAGUAUUACGAAGAAUCCAUGAAGAGAUACAUGAGCGAAGCCAUGAACGGUAAAGACCUUUCUGAUUUUGUCAACAAGAAAGACGGAGAGACGGGCGAUUCUCCUUUGGAUCUGAGCAAACCGGUCGAUUUAAGCAGACCCAUGAAACUCACCCUCGAGCACAUGAUGAUGGACCAAGGGCCUUUAACUGACCUGAGCGAGAAGAGCCUUUGCGACGACGACAGCGUCUCUGAGUGUACCGACAUCAUGGAAGACGAGUCAAACCCGACAUCACCUGCUUCGAGCACCCAGAGCCACCAUCAAGUCAAAACAAAACGAUUCCGCACACCAAUGUCAACAUUGCAAGUAAAACUAAUGAAAUCCCUGUUCAACGAUUACAAAACGCCGACAAUGGCCGAAUGCGAGAUGUUAGGUAGGGAGAUCGGCCUGCAGAAACGUGUCAUCCAAGUUUGGUUCCAGAACGCGAGGGCUAAGGAAAAGAAGUUCAAAGCCGCCCUUCAAAGCAUGGGCGGCCAGCCGGAAGCCGACAGGCUACCUGAAGAGUGUAAAUUCUGCCAGUUUAAAUACUCCCACAAAUACUCUGUGCAAGACCAUAUCUUCACGAAAAAACACAUCGACAUGGUCAAAAACUACUUGGAAGCGUCAUUGUCUAAAGAAUCCGAAGGAGACUUCUCUGUGCCGGCUACCCCCGGGGCCUCGGGAGAAAGCAACAACAACCACAGCACACAACAGCAGAUGGCUCAGCUGCAGAUGCUUCAGAUGGCCGGACUAUCUCUACCCCAGGCCCAGGCCAUGGCCAUGGCUGUGAAGAUCGAAGGCAAAGAGGGAGGACAGCAGCCCAACCCCGAAGACCUGGCGUUGCUGCAGCAGCUCUACGGCGUCAGCAACUACCCACAAGGCUUCAUUCACCCCGCACUGCUUUCAGCCACCGGUAACGAGGUGGGGACACCGUUGAGUAGACUGCAACUGGACCCCGGCUCGCUGUCGGCUGUGCUGGAGGCGGCGAAAGAAGGAGGCGGGGGUUCGGUCCGGCUCAACAGCGUGCCCCCGGGGGCGGUGGAGGUGUGCACGGCGGCGGCGUACCUCUGCAUAAAGUGCAGGCUGACGUUCGCGAAGGAAAGCAGCAUUUCUAGUCACGGGUGCGGCCUCGCCCCCGGGCAGGUGACACUCGUCCGGGCCCGGGCGGCGUGCAAGCAGUGCGACGCCGUCCUCGACAACGCCCACGACUUCAAACGUCACACGGAGAUGUCCCAUUCCGAGCCGCCUCUGUCGCCGAGGCUGUCCGUCGAGAUGGAAAACGUCGUCAAUCAGAUCACCGCCCUCGCAGCGCAGUCGCUCAAGCCUUCGGACCCAAACGCCAACAUCUUCGACAAAUUCGCCGUGCCCAGUGCUGGCCAAUAGCGUGUACAUAUCCCAAACUUCAUAAACGGUUUGACAAAAUUUUAAUUAAAUUAUAUAUAUAUCCCCUUUCUAGACCUUGUUAUAUAAACUAAUAUUGAAAAUGAAAACCUCGCAAUUUUUGCUGACUCUUCCAGCAAGACCGGAAGGGCUUGACUGCUGGGAUCAUCCCUUCCCCGGAAUUAUAAUAGAUCGUUUUAUCGAUUCGGUUAAAAAAAAAUAAAUAAAUAAAAAAUAAUACUGAUACAAGCAUUCACAAAACAUAUCAGAAGGGUUUCGAUUCGAAAAAAAACUACAAUCUCUCCCACAUACCCAGAAUCCCAGCGCUAAAGGUUCCUACUAUAGCUAUUUAUGGUUCCUGUUCCAAGAAAUGCUUUUUCUAUUUAAAAAAAA